GAAACGAAGGGGUGAUUUAAUUUAAGGGGGAAAAAGAGUACAACACCCCAGUGAGGAUGUGCAUACCCCAACGGAGGUGUCCUCACAAGCCCACCAACCGCUUCGCUUCACUUCGCCAUCCAACGGCGGUGAUUCUCUCCACGCGCAGACAUUGCGCCUGCCGCGAGCACUGCAAACGUGAAAGGCGCUCCACCCACCCCACAUGUGUAGCGAUUUUUCGCCCAUCAAAAGGAGAAAAAAAAAAACGCGGCAGAGCCCAAUUGACACUCCCGAGUGAGUACACCCAAACGUGGAGUCACACAGAGGGUGAUAACAGGAUGGUAUACACCCAAGGGAGGGAACAAAAAAGAGGAAGAAAAACUCCCACUGAAAUGAUGACAUGCGGAGGAAUCGCCACACGGAGCGCAAAAUGAAUGGGUCACUUGGGGCCUUCAUCAUUCUUGCCAUGAAAUGGUGCAUCCUGUGGGCCGUUCACGGGAGUGGCAGUGCUGCCCACGUGAGGAUAAACUUGAAGGAACGGAGGAGGACGCCCCAAACGGUUUUCCCCGCAGAAAAAAAAAAACCCUCAACACGCAAGUAUUCACACAGAAAAGAACUGUACAUCUGGAACGUCGCCCAGCACACAAAGGGGGCGAAGCGCAAAAGGAACCUGCCCAGUUACAGAUGCGUCAAACUGAGCGCCGGAAGAAAAAAAAAAGCAAAUGGGAAGGAGACAGAAACAGAAAGGAACUCCCCAAAUGACUGGGAAACCUUCUUAAUUGUAGACGGGUCUUCCAUUUUAUUUAAAAAUUUUUUCGGAAUGCCUCACUUGAAGAAUGAAAGCGAAAUAAAUCUGAGCACCAUCUACGGGUUCAUCCAAUCGUUAAACAAAUUGUAUAAAUUGUUUUGCCCCUCCUACGUGGUGAUCGUUUUCGACUCUAAGACGUCCAACGAUGGGAAGAAGAAAAUCUACGCCAAGUAUAAAAUUAUGAGGAAGAAAAACCCGGAAGAAUUAUACGAGCAACUGAAGCUUGUGAGCGACUUCUGCGAUUUGAUUGGAAUCAAAACGGUUAGCUCCACCGAUGUGGAGAGUGACAACUACAUCGCUGGUAUGGUAGACAGUAUUAGUAACACCCUUAGGGAAAGAAGCUCUCCCGAGUAUUUCCCCCCAAAUGGAGGCGAAACAAUUACGAAGAACCAUUUCAGAGUGAUCGUCGUCUCGAGUGAUAAAGACCUCCUGCAACUCCUCGAAUACAACGACGAUGCUCACAACAACAUGCACAUAGCCAUAUGCCAACCUAAUAGGAAGUACCGCCUAGUCGACGCUAGUACGUUCGUCCAGGAGCAUAACUUAUUGCCUGCUCAGUACAGUGACUACCUCAUCAUGGCUGGAGACAAAACGGAUGGAAUUGCAGGCAUCCCAAACAUAGGAGAUAAGACCAGCAAACAUUUGCUCAAACAAUUUCACUCCAUUGACAAUAUACUGCAGAACCUACAUAACCUUCCCCCAAAACUGCAUGCACUUUUCCUUAACAAUGUAGAAAAUAUUAACAUGUUCAGAAAACUUAUAAAGCUGAAGUGCCAGACCAACCACUCCUUAGUGCUAAGUCAGUACAGGCAGGGCAGCAUCAAAGACUUGGAGCAAUUUCAAAAUGUCUUGGACAAGUAUUCCCUUCACAAGUUGAUAAAGAAAACGCUCAUCGUGAAUUACCACGGGGCAAAGGCCUGA